AUUUUAUGUAUUUAUCGGCUAUCGUACAGCUUUAAUCAGAAUACAGUACUAUGCAGAGAUGACCACCAAAAAGUUGAUAAACUCAGUGGACGGUUGUGUGGACGAUGCUCUCCGAGGACUGGUCAGCGUCCAUUCCUCCCUCCGUAUUUUGCAAGGACACAAGAUCGUUGUCAGGGAGGAUGUGGAGGAGGUGAAAAAGGCGGGAAAAGUCACUCUGCUGUGUGGCGGAGGGUCGGGGCACGAACCAGCGCAGGCAGGUUAUGUCGGACAUGGUAUGUUGACUGUAGCCGUUGCUGGGGCAGUUUUCGCUUCUCCUCCACCAAGCAGCAUCCUGACAGCCCUCAGAUACGUCACCAAACUCGAUUCUGCCGGUUGUGUUGUUGUAAUCACUAACUAUACCGGGGAUCGUCUAAACUUUGGAUUGGCGAUAGAACGCGCAAAGAGAGAGGGACUAAAAGUAGACUCAAUAACCAUUGGCGAGGACUGUGCUCUGACGUCAUCAGAUAGGUCAGCAGGGCGAAGAGGAUUGGCGGGAACUGUUCUCCUAAAUAAGAUAUGUGGUGCUUUAGCGGAGGAAGGGAAAAGUUUAGAAGAAAUCGUUAAAAUUGGAAGGCAUGUCACGGAAAACAUGGGAACAAUGGGAGUAAGUCUGACACCAUGCAGUGUCCCCGGCUCUGGACCAACUUUUAGUCUUGGCGAGGAUGAAAUGGAACUUGGUUUAGGUUUACACGGUGAAGCAGGUGUUAAACGAACAAAGAUUAAGCCAGCUAAUGAAGUUGUAAAGAUGAUUCUUGACCACAUGACCAACACCAGUACUUCAACACAUAUUAAGCUUAAAGCAGGUGACAAGGUGGCCUGUAUGGUAAAUAACUUGGGAGGGAUGUCGUUGUUGGAAAUGAACAUUAUAGUUGGAGAAGUCAUCAAACAAUUAGAAGAGAGAGAUGUGGUUGUAGAGAGAGCUUAUUGCGGUUCGUUUAUGACGUCAUUAGAAAUGGCCGGACUGUCUGUCACUAUUCUUCAUCUGGAUGAAACAAUCAAACGCUGUCUAGAUGCCAAAGCAACUGUUCCGGCCUGGUCCAGCCCCAUUUUAUCACGUGACAGUUCCGUGAGAAGCACACCACUAUAUAUACCGAUUCAAGAAGAAGAAGAACAUGUCAAAAGUGGCAAUUCUGUCCGUAUACCCAAAGAGACAGCUGACAUGCUGUAUGACAUGGUAAAGCUGUCUAUGGAGACACUGAUCUCAUCAGAGGAGGAUCUCAACAACCUGGACAAGGAGAGUGGGGACGGGGACUGUGGGUCAACACUGGCCAGGGGGGCCAAAGCAAUAUUAAAAGAACUGGGACAGAAGGAGAAACCUUACCUACCGGUAGACACACCAGCAGCCUUAGCUCUGUCACUGGCAAGGAUUGUAGAGAAUUCAAUGGGCGGAUCAUCAGGGGCGCUGUAUAGUCUAUUCUUCACAUCGGCUUCGCAUUCUCUACAAAAAGACGUAACAAUGACGGGAUGGAAGGAAGCCCUUAGUAAUGGAACCUCCACAAUAAUGAGAUAUGGAGGUGCGCAGCCCGGCGAUAGAACCAUGGUUGAUGCACUAUUUGCUGCCAAUUCAGCUCUGAAAACUUCGGGAUCGUUAUCUAGUCCCGUCCAAAUUUUGGAGACAGUCGUGCAAGCGACAGAAUCCGCCGCCCAGGCCACGGCUUCUAUGAAAGCCCAGGCCGGGAGGGCGAGUUAUGUCAGUGCAGACAGGCUGAAGAACCCCGACCCCGGGGCAGUAGCCGUGACAGUAUGGUUCAAAGCAAUACUUGACAUCUUCAAGAAUACACAAGAGUAACCGAAGGUCACUGAUGGAAUCGUGUUUCAGUAUUCAAAGAUGAAAAAUAAAAUAAAGUUGUCAUU